AUGAAUACUAAUGAUCAUCAAUUAUAUCUUUCAUCGCCUGAUUCAACAUGUUCAAGAUCAUCAUCAUCAUCAUCAUCAUCGUCAUUAUUAUUAAAUAAAAAACAAUCAACAACAAUUAAAUCUUUUCUUAUAUCGGAUAUAUUAAAACCAAAUUUUGGUCAUCAAAAUGAAAAAUGUAACAUUCCAUUAUCACCACCAACAACAAAUGAUUCAAUAUCAUCAUCAAAUACUAAUUUUAAACCGGGAACAUUACCAGCAUGGAUUUUUUGUACUCGAUAUUCUGAUCGACCAUCUGCAGGUCCGCGUGCAAGAAAACCUAAAUCAUGCGAUACAAUCGAUUCCAAACGUCCACGAACUGCUUUUACUAAUAAUCAAUUAACACGUUUAAAAAAUGAAUUUGAACGUAGUAAAUAUUUAACUGGUGAACGUCGACAAAUUUUAGCUAAUGAAUUAGGUUUAAAUGAAUCACAAAUAAAAAUUUGGUAUCAAAAUAAACGAGCAAAAAUAAAGAAAACAUCUGGUGUAAGAAAUACAUUAGCAUUACAAUUAAUGGCACAAGGUUUAUAUAAUCAUACACCAUCGAAUAAUAAAAACAGUUAA